AUGGAUAUCAGACCUACGCGGAGAGGAGCGUCGCCUUCGCCUGCGCCGAAGGAAUCUUCUUCUCCGGUAGCUUCUGCUCGAUCUUCUGGCUCACGAAACGAGGGCUUAUGCCUGGGUAAAACAAACUUCUUCGAGAAGAGAGUUGGUGAUUACCAGAAGGCUUCUGUUAUGUCGAGCGUUAAUGGAGGUGGCGCGUUUGAUAAUCAUAUGCUCUCUCUCGACGAAGACUUUUAA